AGACAUCAAAAUAAUUUGAGCACAUGAUUUUGGAGCAUCACAUCAUCCAUUUUCUCCAAGUAUCACACCAUUCACUUUUCUUCAAGCUUCAAGGCAUUCGCUUUCUUUUCAUGGAAUGAUAUUUCCUAUGUAUGCCAAUUUAAUGGGUUGCAAUAGUGAAUCAUCAACUUCUCCUUUGGAACUUGCUUGGCAGACUUAAUGAAGGAAAAUUCAUGUUUUAGGAUACAACUCCACACACAUUAUCACUUUAGAGCAUAUUCAUGUUCCUUCAUCCUUUAUCUAUUAUUUGGCAUCCAUGUUUAUUUCUUUUCUUGCACUCCCAUAAUCUUGUUUGAUUCUCUGCCUUCAACAAUUGAGAUAUGGAUUCAUACAUGGUCAAGUGUGAUUCUUCAUCAGUCAAGACACCAUUGAAAUAUUCAUCCAUGGAGAAAGCUUUGACCAACAAAGGAUUCAGGAGAUCUUCAAUUGCAAGCAUUUUCUCCAUCGUGGACAAUUGCCAAGUCUAGGGGGCAAGUUUAAAAGGACAAGAACCAAGAGCAGCCUUGAAGAUUAGAAGCUCAACCACAUCACACUUCAUUUUGCUCCAGAAAUCAAGGGAUUCAUCACGGAAAGGAAUGCAACUACUCAUUGAACAAUCAUACUUUGAGAGACCUAGGAGUUAGAUUUUACUAUGGACUUGAAUGCUACCAUGUUGAUGUACUUAGUGUGAUGUACUAGGCUUCUGCUUUGUAAUGAAUGACCAUCAUUGUA